AUGUUGUUUGGUUUAUACAAAGGUAGACUAGGGAAUCAACUACUUGAAAUGAACACAAUAGGAAUGGGACAAGGAUUCUUAAUAAUUAUUUGCACCAAUGUCAUCUUAACUUCUGGUCAGUGUGAGUCUGGUAUAAAACAACUUCGAGUUGGACCCCCCGGCGAAAUUAUAACUUUGACCUCACCAAAUUAUCCGUCCAAUUAUCCAAGCUUCGCUGAUUGUAAAUGGGUACUGACAGCGCCACCUGGCGACUACCUUAUUGAACUUAGAAUUCAAUCGUUAGAGAUUGAGCGGACAAUGUCGUGUAUCUAUGACAGCCUCGUUAUUAAUGAUGGUUCGCGUUCGUCAUCCCCGCUUCUUGAAAAACUAUGUGGCGUGAAAUACCCGGAUGUAAUACAGAGUUCUGGAAGCAGCAUUUAUAUUCACUUCUAUUCCGAUUCAAGUACAGAAAAGUCAGGAUUCGAAAUUGACUACACGAGUAUCAAAAAGAACAGUACCGAACCAGUAAUAGUUUACACUGAACAAAAUGCUGAUACGGGAGUCACGCCACCAGAGACGGCGAAUGAUAGUACAACUCCUGGAUUAGUCGAUGACACCGAGACAACAGGUACGCCACCUCUCAGCGCUACGUACAUCAUGAUAAUUAUCAGUGGAAUAUUAGCUGUCUUCUUCCUCACUUGCUAUCUGUGUCACAAAUUCUGUCCAGAUGCCGCGGUAAAGCGGUGCAAAACAAUAAUUGGAGCUUGGGUGGCGCUGCUGAUAGGAAUAUGUGAGUUUUUGAUGGGAUGCUGCGAUUGCUAUGACAGUUGGUGUGACAAGGAGGUUAGGAGCGUCGGCGAAGCCUGCGGUUGCAAGUGUUCAGAAACAUGUUGUGCAAUUGGGGUUCCCGAAGUCAGGGAGCCUGUUUCCCCGACAGUUGACAGAAACGCCCAAGCAACUACGAGACACCAAGACGAUCCCCGCGGAAGACUCGUGCCACUGCCUGAUACGCCGAUGGUGCCACCAAUGGAAAGAACAUCGAAUUCUGGAGGAAUUCGAACCGAUGUAGAGUCUCUGGAUCGCGAUCCAUCGCCGCCACCUUAUGAGGGAGUUACUGAAUCACUUAUAGGACAUGGUAAUUCAGGUCAACCAGUGGUGGUCCCCAGUAUUCUAAUCCAGUUAGAUGACCCGCCUGCAACUCUCCCUUUAUAUGAAGACGUUAUGGUUGACAACACAAGUUCUAAAAUUGUGAAAUACAUAACUGAAGAAGGAUUAAUAAUUGCCAUUGUUGUCGCCAUCAUUAUGGCUUUGAAGUAUUGUAAUAACACAUUCUGUGUUGAAUUGAAGAGUAUGAUGGCAGAAUGUCUUGGUCUUGCUGUUCGAAUGGUGGCAUACGUUCUCACAUGCUGCGAAGGGCCCGGAUGUGACGUUGAUGAUUUUCAAGAAGUCGUAACAGCCUGUAAUUGUUGCAGACUUGUCGAAGCAUGUAAAAGAUGUACUCAUCGUACGGCCAGCUUACCAGACAAUAACGAUAAUACCUCUCAAAACGAAACGCAUGAAUCGUUACAAUUGACAAUAACCGAUGAAGGCGAAGAUUCGGAUGAGCAAGAGGAUGUCGAUAACGACGAAAACCUAGUACUAUCCCAAGAACGGCACAUGAACGAGCCGGGUUAUAUGCUACGUCCAACUGCACCUCCGGACCCCGAAGCGCCGCCACCGUCUUAUGAUGAGUUAGAGAGUGGUCAAAGACACUCGUCUGGUGGCGCUCAGACUCAAACCGAUGUGCCAUAUUUUCCGCCCCCUUCAUAUGAAGCUGUAGUUGAAACGCGAAGUACGGAAGUUUGA